UUUUGACAAAAAAUCAAGUUGUCAAAAUGGCUUUCAUAAAGGUUGUUUAUCUUCUAUUUUAUACGCCCCAAACGUAAAUAAACUAGUGAAUUGUGUUCAGAAAUAACUAUGUUGCAUAAUAGUGGGCCUUACGGGCCGAGUGACACAUCUGUAAACAUCGGCCAACCCGUCAAUAUGAAACAAAUGGCACCCCCAUUGAACAUUGGUCACAACUUGAAUAAUUUGAGUAAAAUUGCUCAACCACCGCCUGCGAUGCCUAGUGGGCACUAUAAUAUGCCUGAUUACGCUCCUUACGGUCAUCCUUCGCUGAAUUUAGGUUCCCAAUUAGGACCCUUUCCUAACUAUCCGAACCACUUUCAGUCGCCGUACAUACCUCAGAAUGCGACUUCAGUUCAUGAUACGAGUUGGCAAAAUGGAAUGUUACCGAUGAGUUUGCACCCACAGGCGUCCCACGGGCUGAAUUUGGCUAACUAUCCUUACGACAAAAGGCCACUGAAUUCUGCUUUAAGUAAUGCUUAUAAGGAUGAUGAAGUUCCCCAUAAGAAUUUGCCAAUUAACGUGCCGCAAGGUCCAAAAGCAUUCCAAAAAGAUGAAAGGCUCGAUAAUUAUAGCAUGUACAAUAUAAACCAAGAUAGAUUUAAUAACUUCAAUCAACACUACGAUUUUAACUUGGUACCUCAAGAGAGAUCCUAUCUAGAUAAUACAAGGCGAAAAAGCCUUGAAAACACAGUAAGGCUAAUAGAAGACAUACUAAUUAGUACUUCAAAAAACAAAGAAACUGAGGAGCAGGAAAGAAAAGCAAGUGAAGAAAAGAAACAGGAAAUUCCAAAGCAAACUGAUCCUCCAAAACCUGUUGAAGAAAACAUUGAUGAAGAAAAACUCUAUGAAGAAAAUCUCGACGAAGGAAAACUUGAUGAAGAUAAUAUUGAUGAGGAAAAUCCUCCUGUGGAAUCAAGUACAAGUGAUGAAGAAAUUGGUGAAAUAGAGGAAGAAGCGAAAGUUGAAUCACCAAAAGAAGAUACUUCAAAAAGUAAUGAGAUUAACCUAAACAAAAAUAACGAAAACAUGCAAGGUGAAGAAAGUCCAGAAAAUUUGACAAUGGAAAGGAAUGAAUUGUUGUCACAGCCAGAAAAAUCGGAGAGCCCGAUAAAUGAUGUUACGAAUACAGAAAGAGUAAUAAUAAAAGUAGAACUUGAAGAAGAACCGUGUGACGCAAAAAUUCAUGUAAAGGUGGAACCUAUGUUCUGGGCGGAUUCUGAUUAUGUAGCACCGUUCCAACGGGAUCUUAACGGAGUAACGAGUGAAGAUGUACCGCAUAGAGCAGUCAUGUUUGGUGAAAAUAGUAUCGAGGAGGCUACAGCUUUUGUUAGAAGUGGCAUCCCAACUACAACUUCAACAGCCUAUUACGAAUGUCCACACUGCUCUCUCCACUUCAACCAUCCAAAGCGAUUCCUCAUCCACGUUAAAUGGCACUCCUUCGGUCUCACCUACGAGAGACGGUCAGAAAUUGCAAGAGAACGGGAGAUCAGCCGGAACCAACGAAGAGAGGCCAGAGUUGUUGACCGGAUGAAUUCGAAGGAGGUAACGGAGGCGACGACUGCUAAGAAAGUAUAUCCGUGCAAGGACUGUGACAAGGCAUUUUGUUCGAAGGGCAGUCUCAAGAAUCAUAGGCAAAGGUUCCACCCAACCCGCGUCCGCGCGUGUAAGCUAUGCGGCGCCACUGUGCUGGGCUGGAUGGCGCUCCGCGAGCACCUCGCGGCUCACACCUCCAUCGGGUAUCGCUGCGACCACUGCCACAAACACUUCAAGUAUCCGCACUCUCUCGCCAAACACAGGGACACGCACUUGGAGAAGACAGUGUCCUGCGAGCUCUGCCCCAAGAAGUUCGGCACGGCAGGCCUACUCAAGAUGCACCAGAAGGUCCACGAGCGAGCGCAGCGCGGCGCCACCUUCAGAUGCUCGUACUGCGCCAAAGGAUUCUAUGAGGCUUACAACUUGUCUGUCCACGAGCGCACACACCGCAACGAGAGGCCAUUUUUAUGCGAGAUCUGCAACACCAGCUUUGGCACCAACUCGAGCCUCAAGAGACAUUUAAAAGUGUCGCACAGCACUUCGAAGCCUCACGAAUGCAGCACCUGUCACCGCUCAUUCGUGUCUGAGGCCAUCCGGGACAGACAUGAGGCCAGAAUCCACGGAGAUCCAGCUCGCUUCCCGCACCGAUGUACACUGUGCGAUGGCAAGUACACAAAACUCAAGGAUCUCCAAAAACAUAUGAACAAAGCUCAUCCCAAAAGCAAAGGUAGGAAGAAGAAAAAGGACAGCGAUAGCGAAUAAUACGUGUUAGAGCGAGACAAAUAUAUAUAUCACUUUGGUACACUUCUUAUUGUAGAUGAGUAGUGCAAAAGUUUAGCACAUUUGUGUAAGUGAGAUAGAAAAUAGAAGUUUCCUUUAGAGUAAGCGGGACGGCUGUAUGUCGCUUAGAUUUACGUUUUAACAUUGCGAAAUUUUUAAAACAUGUCAAAAAAUCCCGGAAAUUAUCUGCCUAUUGGGGCAGAAUUGGGUAGUUUCCUAGGUCGAUGAUAAAUUAUGAAAUUCUGAUUACUAAAUAAAGACAGAUCUAAAAGUGGCAAAAAUGAUUUAUCUUUUCUAUUAUUUUUCUUAUUAUUUUUUUUUUAAAUGAAUGUUGGUACUGACGAAGCCU